GGCUAAUUAGGGUUUUCUUGGGUUUUUUAUAUUUUUUUGAAUUAAGUGGUUUUUAGGUGUGUUUAGUUUAAUUGUUGGUAAUUAGUGGCUAAUAUUGUUGCAAAUUUACAAUACCCAUUUGGGUUUUAGGGAUUAUUUGUUUGUUUUUAAUGAGUGUGGCCUAGUUUCAUCAACAAUGGUUGUAUGAGUAUGGCCCAAAUUUGGAAUUAAGUGCUAGUCUUGAGGGGGAUUCGAUAUCGAGAGAGUUUUCGAUUCUUUUGUUCGAUAGUUUUGUUGGUUUCGUAGGGUUCGGAUUUUAGUUGGAUGAGGGUAAUAGGUAGUUGGAGUUAACUAGGUAAAUUGACAAUCUUGGUUUGUUAAAGAAAGGAAAAAGGUGGAUGCUUUUUCAGAGUUAUUACUCUGAUGCAAUUUGGGAACUUUUUGUUCGUUAUGUUCGGUACUAGUUAUGGAAAAAACUGAGCCAACGUUCAUACCCGAAUGGUUAAAGAGUAGCAGCGGGUUGAGCACGUCGUCUUCUUUGAACCUUGGUAACCAAGGCGUUAAAAAAACUGUGAGAAAUAAAUCAUUAAAUAGUGAUUUAGGACGUCCUUCUGUUUCAGAUAGAACAACAUCUUCAUAUACUCAACGUUCUUCUGUUAGUAACGGUUCAGCUUCUUCAAGAUCUUACAGUAGUUUUAAUCGGAACAACCGUCGUGAUAGGGACCUGGAUAAGGACAUAUAUGAGUUUAGGAAUAAAGAAAGGUCUGAGAACAGACAUCGGGAGUAUUCUGAUCAUUUAGGAAACAUUUUGCCUAGUAGAUUCGGAAAGGACGGGUUAAGACGAUCAAAUUCAAGUAUAUAUGAGAAACGAGGUGAGUCAUGGCCAAGAAAAUCAGCUAGUGAUUUUGCUAUUGCCAACAAAAGCAGUCACAAUAAUGGUUCUAUCAGCAGUGUAAAGACAUCAUUUGAGAGAGAAUUUCCGUCUCUUGCAGCAGAUGAAAAGCAAACAGAUACUGGUAUAGGAAGGGUGGCAUCACCUGGUUUGAGCUCUGCCAUUCAGAGCUUGCCAACAGGUAGUUCGGCUGUGAUUGGUGGGGAUGGAUGGACCUCUGCUUUGGCAGAGGUGCCUGUAAUUGUUGGUAGCAAUGGAAAUGGAGCAUCCUUGUCACAACCAACUACAGUCUGUGCAACUACAGGAAUGACAAGUGGUCGCAACAUGGCAGAGACUUUGGCUCAAGGUCCACCUCGAACUCAGAGUGCUCCACAGGUGGCUGUUGGAACUCAAAGACUUGAAGAGCUUGCUGUUAAGCAAUCCAGACAGUUGAUUCCCAUGACUCCUUCCUUGCCUAAAGCCUUGGCCUUAAACUCUUCUGAUAAAUCAAAAACGAAGGUUGUGCAAUCACAGCUUCAGAGUUCUCACCUUGUCAACCUUCAACACACUCCACGACCUGUAUCAGUGAAGCCAGAAGUUUCUAAGGCACCUACUGUGGGAAAACUUCUUGUCCUUAAGCCCUCACGAGAAAGGAAUGGUAUCUCACUGACUGCAAAGGAGAGCUUGAGCCCUACAGCUGGCAGUAAAAUAUCAAAUAGCCCGCUUGCUUUACCUUCGGUUGGUGGACCUGCUCCAUUGAGCAAGCUUAGUGUACCUACUUUGGAGAAAAGACCCUCGUCACAAGCUUUGAGCCGAAGCAAUUUUUUCAAACUUAUGAGGAAGAAAUCCAUGUCCAGUAAUUCUUCCGUGGCCCCUGAAAUCAGUUCUGUCUCAUCCAGUGGCAAGUCUGGUGAACCCAUGUCUCUAGCUGCCCAGGGUGAGCCUGGUGAUCUUGUUGUGAACAGUUCCAGUGACACUAAGGUUGAUUCGACCUGUAAUGGUGAUGAUUGUGUUGCAGCUAUGGGAUCUACUAAUAAUGGGAAGAGUGGUUCAGGCUCUGUUGUCAUUCGUUGCUCAGAGGAGGAAGAGGCUAGGUUCUUACGUUCACUGGGUUGGGAGGAUACUGCUGAGGAGGAAGGCCUCACUGAAGAGGAGAUUAGUUCAUUCUUACAAAGUUACCGCAUAAAUAUGAAGCCAGCCUCAAAAAUUUUAAAGGUGCCAAAGCCAUUAAUGCCAAUGGGAGAGAUCUCUUCCAACUCUAAUUUGGAAUCUUGAAGAAAGGCAUUAUUUGGCUUUCCUUUUGUUUGUUUUUGUCUUUGAUCAACAUGAGCAUCAAUCAAGAUUCGAAAAUCCUUGCAGUAAAGGUAUAAGUACAUAACAUAUGGGCCAGGAUAGCUUGAAACUAUUAUGGGUCGACUUUUGAGGGUAGAAUUUAGGGUUCUUUUAUGUGGGCUGGAAUUACUCCUGGUUGUGCAAAGAAAUAUCGGGUUUUGCUGGUACGGUUUUGGUUUUAUUUUCUUCUUUCUUGAAAGGGGGGUUCAGCUCAAUAUAACAGAAAUAGCUUAUGAUGGUUUAAUAGUCAUUUUCAUGAAAAAGCAAGAAAUUUAGUUUUUAUACA